UCAGUGUGUGCUGGGUCCUCUCUGAGAGCAGCUGCUCACAGCACAUUCUCCUCGGCGGGAGCACUCACUUUCCCCUCCGCCUGCUGAGCUGCAUCUCUUUUUCUCCUCUGUCUUUUUUUCUCUCUCUCUCUCUCUCUCUCUGUCUCUGUGCUCUCUUUGCGUUCUCUCUUCUUCCCUCUCUCUUUCUCCCGCGCUCACUCUCGUUCUCCUUUGCCCUGCACUGACUCACACACACACACACACACACACACACACACACACACACACACACACAUGCUUUCUCUGACUGUGUAGUGCUUGGCCACACAGACAUUAUUCUUUAUGCAGUAACAGGUAGACAUCAUCUCUGUGCUGCUCAGAGGAGAGCAGAACAGGGACCGGCGUUUUGGCUUCUUUCUUUUUUUUUUAUAUGUGCGAAGUAAACUGAGAGAAGAAGCACAGGUGGAAGAGGAGGAUAAGAAGAAGAAGAGGAAGGGGUCUUAGCUUCACCCCCUCUAAUGCUCCACUUGACAUCAUGCUGCUCUGUGUGGAUUUGGUCCUCAGGGGAAAAUCCUUAAAAUGAUGGAAGACAACAAACAGCUGGCACAGAGGAUUGAUGGGGCCAUCAAGUCCGCCAGUCAGGAAGUGACCAACCUCCGCUCCGAGCUCUCUGCCACCAGCCGCAGACUGGCAGAGCUGGGUGCCAGCAGCCCCCCUGCCUUGGAGAACCACCACCAGCACAACCACCAUGAUGACAGCCUCCACUACCGGGAUCCAUCAGUGCAUCACAGACAGAAGACAGUGGUGACAGACAUGUGCUACCCGACAGAGAUAUCCAGCCUGAUGGACUUUGGCACACCAGACUGCUCGCUAGGCAAAGUGUUGUUGCGUGAGGAGGUGGCCCAGCUUCAAGAGGAGGUCCACCUGCUCAGGCAAAUGAAGGACAUGUUAAGUAAGGACCUGGAAGAAACCCAGGGAGGCUGCUCUGCCAAUCUGCUCUCGGCCACCGAGCUCCGUGUGCAGCUGGGUGACAAGGAGCAGGAGUUGGACCGUGCCAAGGAGGCCUUACAAGCUAUGAAAGCUGACCGUAAGCGUCUAAAAGUGGAGAAGGCAGACUUAGUGAGUCAGAUGCAGCAGCUGUACACAACACUGGAGAGCAGAGAAGACCAGCUGCGAGAAUUCAUACGCAACUAUGACCAACACCGAAAGGAGAGUGAGGAUGCAGUGAAAGCCCUGGCCAAGGAGAAGGACAUGCUGGAGAGAGAGAAGUGGGACCUGAGGAGGCAGACCAAAGAAGCCACAGAACAGGCCAACAUACUGCGUUCUCAGAUGGACAUGAAGGAGAACAGGGUCAAAGAACUGGAGGCCGAGCUCACCAUGGCAAAGCAAUCUUUGGCCACUCUAACAAAAGAUGUACCGAAGCGCCAUUCAUUGGCCAUGCCUUCAGAGCCCGUGGUGAAUGGCAGUCAGGAGUGGGUGAUGCAGGCCGACCUGCCGCUCACUGCCGCCAUCCGUCAGAGCCAGCAGACCCUCUACCACGGACACACCACGGACAGACAGGCUGUGGUCAGGAUCAGCCCUUGCCACUCUCGCCAGCCCUCUGUCAUCUCUGACGCCUCGGCGGCUGAUGGGGACCGCUCAUCCACACCCAGCGACAUCAACUCACCUCGUCACCGGACCCACUCCCUCUGCAAUUCCAUGGAGGACCUCGAGGACCAGAAGCGUAAGAAGAAGAAGGAGAAGAUGACUCUGGGAUCCCUGUCACGGGUGUUCGCUCGGGGCAAGCAGCGCAAGUCAAUGGACCCCGGCCUGUUUGAUGACUCUGACAGCCUCACACAGCAGAGCCUGUCUGAUGGAGAGGAGCAGCUGGACCGCCUCCAGCAGGCGGAGCUCACUCGAAACACAUGCAUGUCGCUGUGGAGGGCAGGUGCAGUCCAGGCCUGGCUGGAGGUUGUUAUGGGAAUGCCCAUGUACACUCGAACCUGCUCAGAGAACGUCAAAAGUGGCAAGGUGCUACUUGGCCUGACAGAUGAGGAUUUAGAGCUGGGUCUGGGUAUCAGUAACCCAAUUCAUCGCAGGAAACUAAGACUGGCCAUUGAGGAUUACAGGAGAGCUGAAGGGGACCAAGGACUAUCAAAAGCAUCCGAGAUGGAUCAUCACUGGGUUGCAACAUCAUGGCUGAGUGACGUCGGGUUGCCUCAGUACUCCCAGUCCUUCCAGACUCAUUUAGUGGAUGGGCGAGUGCUGAACUCUCUGAGCCGCAGAGACCUGGAGAGAUUCCUUAACAUCAGCGACCAGUACCACCAGACCAGUCUACUCCUGGCCAUCCAGCUCCUGCAGAUGCUCAGUUUCGAUAAAGAGGCCCUGCAGGCACGGCGGGCAAAAUGUGAACACCAAGACCGGGACCCCAUUGUUUGGACAUGUCACAGAGUAAUGAAGUGGAUCAGAGACAUAGACCUCAAGGAGUUUGCAGACAAUCUUCAGGGUAAAGGGAUUCAUGGAGCUGUGAUGGCUCUGGACCCGUCCUUUGACACAGAUGCCAUGGCCAAAGCCCUGGGGAUCCCCAGCAACAAACACAUGCUGCAUCGUCACCUGUAUGAAGAGAUGAAAUCACUCGCUGUCCCUCACAGUGAACAGGGCAAUGAGGUUAUCGGUUCCUCUUCACCCGUGGCUGUUAACCGCUUUGCUGAGGAGAGGAUGUCUAUGAGAAGAUCAGCCAAGAGUCCACUGAGGUUACGUGCAAACAGCCACUCUGUGGAGCGAAGUCUGGGUUUCCACGGCAGCUGCGGCUCUCUGCCCAGAGAGGCCAGAGUUCAGGCGGUUCCUCGGGCCAAAGGCAGCCCGAUGCAUACCUUCAAGAGUGUUGAAAUCACCAACGUCUGAACCAGUCUCCAGACAUCGACAUCGCUCACGUUGUUACUAUUGUUUACAUUGUUACUGUAUUAUAGUUGUUUACUACUGAGAGGGACCUACACUCAGCAUACAACCAGACUUUUAACAAGGAAGUUGUCUUAAUGGGGGGUGUACCACUUAAUUUAGUAAUUCAAACAUAUUACUAUUUUGGCCAAAAUAAGAAUAAGAAGCUGAUGUUGUAAAUAUAAUGAAAAGGAACAGAGUCAGUAUUGUUUUUUUAUAUUAUAGAAGGAUUUAGAAUAACCUACAAAAAUAACUGAACACAGUGUUGUUCUCCUUUGAUGCCUUAUAUGAAAUAGGUCACACAGCACUGCUCUUCUCUUUCAACUAUUUCUUUUCAACUAUAACGUGUCAGUUAAGUUUUUUUUGUUGUUGCACAUGUAAGUGAUUAAUUCUUCUUGAGGUCAAGGGGAAAAAAAGUAAUUAUAACUUUCACUGUAGAACUACAUAUCCACUGUUAACCUUCUGAGGAGACUGUGUUACGUCAGAGGCUACAUACAUGAGUGAGAUGUUUUGGUCGAUGCAAGUUAGUCAUCACAGAUCUUAUUAUUACUGUAAUACAUAGUAGACCGUCGUUUAAAAUGUGGCAGAGCUACAUUUGCCACCAAAAUGGCUAAGAGGUACAACUUUUAUGACAUAUUCUAGCAUACAAGACAAUCUUUAACAUGGAUUCUGUACUUUUUAAAACUGGUAGUGUUACAUAAUAUAAUAAUUUAAUUCAUUUUAUUAACAAAAUCUAAAUAUAUAUAUAAGAUAAAACAUAAAUUUAAAUGUUGGGUUUUGAAAGUGAUAACGUGUAAAGCAAAUGGCCUCCACAUGUUUAUACUGAAGCACUGAACAAACUGUGAUACUGCUAUACUGUUACUUAUAUUAUGAACUCAAAGGAGAGAAUGUAAUGGUAUAUUUUGUACAGUUUAAUCAUGUUUUAUAACACACACUUGUAUACAGGUUGCUGUUCCUGAGCAUGAAAACAAAAACGAAAUGUCACAGAGCCAAACUGUGUGCAGCUGAAAGCCUGGGAUUAAUCCAAAUAUUGGAAAACAGGUCUGUCUGCUACUUAAUGGGCGUCUCCUCCAGUCAACAAGAGCAAAAGUUGAUUAAGCGGGAAGAUUAGACUAGUUCAAACCUGUAUAGAAAUACAAGGGAAGGACUCAAAUGGGGUUUGUGUUUAUAUGACAUUUACUGUCUCUCUUCACGCAGUUGUCAGAGCUUCUCAUGUAUGCCAACAUUAAAGCUGAAAUUAUUGUCAACUACCA